CGUCACUUCCAGGGCUCUGUGGCCUCGGCGGCGGUUUGUGACCAGGAGGGGCAGACAUGGGAGCAGGAGGCCAGUGCCAUAGCGCCUGCCAUUCAAGUGACGCACUGUGACAUGAGUCCCAUCACGCUGGAGCCAUCCUCCCACAUGGAGGUCUCUGUGGUCACAGAUGGCCUGGACGGCUUCUCGGAGUUUCUCGGGGGCUAUGAGGAUGUGGCAGGUACAAAUGGGAGCAUCUCCUCCAGCAUGGCGCUGCUGUUGUCGGACCCGCUGAUGAGCCAGGGGGCGGCUUGUGGUUCCGUGCUCAGACCUGCACGUCGAGUGAGGAAGGGUCUCUUCAGGUCUCCCUCCAUGCCCGAAAAGCUUCACCGACCCCUGCUAAAAAGGCCGGAGCGGGCAGACGAGCUGGAGACCCCUAUGAGGGUGAAGCGCAGCCGGAGCACCAGCAGCCCCAUUCGAGAAGAGGCAGAUGUUAAGACGCAGAGAACUCUGAUGAAGAAAACGUUCUCGUGUGACAUGGACAUCCAGAACAUUCUGGAGGAGGACAUGGUGCCCUCUGAACUCAUCGGCGACUUCUCAAAGGUUCGGAUCCUCCCUACGCUGAGCGGGAACCACCAAGACCUGCAGUACAUCGCCGCUGAGACGAUGGUGUCUCUGCUCUGCGGAGAAUUCAACGGCCUGAUCGAGAAAUAUUUCAUCGUGGACUGUCGCUACCCCUACGAGUACGAUGGAGGACACAUCAAGGGGGCACUUAACCUGCACAAGGAGGACGACGUCUGCCGUUACUUCUUGGCUUCGCCGGUGACCGCCAGCUCCGCAGAAAAGCGAAUUGUCCUCGUCUUCCACUGCGAAUUUUCCUCUGAGAGAGCACCCAAGAUGUGCAGGUUUCUGAGGCGUCAGGACCGCGGUGCCAAUGACUACCCGGCUCUCCAUUACCCCGAGCUGUACGUCCUCAAGGGGGGCUAUAAAGAGUUCUUCCGCGAGUACAAGAUGUGGUGUGACCCGCAGGCCUACUGCCCAAUGCAUCAUCAGGACCACAAGGACGAGCUGCUCAGGUUCCGCUCCAGGAGUAAACUGCUGGCCGGCGAGCGGCGCAGACGAGAGCAGAUCUGCAAGAUGAUGAAGAUGUGAGCCCGGCGCCCACCCGCCAUGGACCAGGAUAUCUGUGUGCCAGCUGUGCCCCCUAUUAGAGACACCCCCUGCACACCUCACUGUUAGCUAGGAGUAAAUCUGGGAGUGCAGCACUGGGGGGGUCUGUUCACUUUCAUGGUGGGCUUUGACUUUCCAGUGUUGUCCUAAGUGGUCCAGCCUGCUCUCUCCCUAUGGCGGGCAUGCUGCCUGAAACUGCGGGCACAAUGAGGACGUACCCUUCAUUCGUUCACUUGCUUUCAAGUGGUAGGGUGGUCUCUUGUUGUGUGAGACCACCUGAGGGGUGACUUUCUGUACGACUCACUGUGUCCUUUUUAUUUUUUUAUCAUUUUAUGACAUUCCAUGUGUUCCUUCAUUGAUCUUCUUAUGCUCCGGUGUGCCCUCCCUGCACCCACAGUGCCCGCGUGGUGAGACCUGGCGCCCCCUCAAGUCGGUGCUUCUCUCUCCGUUCAUUGGUGUGAAGUUGGUUUGCAGUCAGCUGACACGGCUAUUAAUUGUGCCUAAUUGCCCGGGUGACGGGGCACCAUUGUGCAGGACUGGCAUCCAUGGCUUCACACGGACUCAUUGAAUUGAGCGUCUCUGAUGGCACCUGAUGAUUGUCUUUGAGGCUCAAAUUGUUCCUCAGCGGGUCUAAUAGGAGCGGAGCGCCCAGGAACUUGUUUGUGUUUACCGCACUCUGCCAACGCAGCCUGGAGGUGCCAGGUGUUUGUGGCACUCUGUCCAUGGUGAGCGGCAGAUGACAUGGGGCUGCCUGUCAUGACUGCUGUGCUUAGGUGGGCAUCAAGCCCCCCCCUUUGUUUAUUGUGCCAGGGGGUCACUAGACUGCUGCCCAUCCAUACACGUGUCUCUGCAACUUUGACUACUUCAAUGGCAUCGUCCGCCCACUCGGUGUCGGUGGCACGCUGCUGUUGUCCCUUUUCUUCCUCUCAAGGUUGGUGGCCAUCAGGAACAGAGAAGGGACGUCUGCCCUCCCAGCUCGACGCGCUGCUUGGCUCCUGGCAGGUGGAGUAGAGCGUCGCCCGGCCCACCCUGGAGGACCCCGCUGAAGUUCUGCACCCCCUUGAAUUUCUUACUGUAGUGCUGGCACAUUGAGAGAACUGCUCUGAGGUUUUAACAAGGCGGACGUCGCCCGCGGAGGGGAUGAUGCCCGCUGUCUGGCACACGUUGAAUGAUGACUUCUUGUUUUAAGUGAUGGCUUCAUUUUCUAUUAAAGAUGAAAUGCAAACUU